ACUCCUCCACAAUGCUUGUCAGCCUCCACCUUUCUCCCUCCCAUCGUCAGGACAAGCGCUUGGUCUCCCCCUCCUCCCCCUAUCACCCUCCUUCGGACCAGUCCUCUCAUCGUCCUUAUCCUCAACCUCGGCUGACCCUGCCCUUUCUCUCCUUGUCCUUCUCUCUCCUCCUCACCAUACUCCUCUUGCCUGCCUGCGAGUCUCGCAGGGGUGGAGGUCCAGGAACAGGGCCUGGAGGUGUCCCAGGGGGACAAGGUGGCCAGAGGGGAGGCAACACCCAGAGGGGUGUUGCCAUCCCUCCUCAGUACUCUCCUGGCUUACCAGCUCUUCCCCCAAUCAAUCCCAAACUGAUCAGCUCACUCAGUAUUGCUGUCAUCCUGGUGGGCAACUCUAGUGAAGUGGCCCUGGGGGCUGGACUUGAGAAAGAGGACUUCCUCCACAUCCCUUACCCUCCCAAAGUUGAGGUGGUAGCCAUGAACGAGACCGACCCCAAGAGUAUCAUCAAUCGGAUUUGUGAACAGAUGACGAGGAACUCGCUGCAAGGUGUAGUGUUUGGUGAUGACACGGACCAGGAAGCCAUCGCUCAGAUCCUGGACUUCAUCUCUGCCCAGACACACAUCCCCAUCCUGGGCAUCAGGGGAGGGUCCGCCAUGGUUAUGGCAGCCAAGGAUGACCACACCAUGUUUUUUCAGUUUGGUCCAUCCAUUGAGCAGCAGGCCUCUGUCAUGUUGAACAUCAUGGAGGAGUAUGACUGGUACAUCUUCUCUAUAGUCACCACGUAUUACCCUGGCCACCAGGACUUUGUCAACAAGGUCCGCAGCACCAUUGAGAACAGCUUUGUAGGCUGGGAGAUAGAAGAAGUCCUCCUGCUAGACAUGUCAGUGGAUGAUGGAGACUCCAAGAUCCAGAACCAACUUAAGAAACUGCAGAGUCCUGUCAUUCUGCUCUACUGCACAAAGGAGGAGGCUACCACUAUAUUCGAGGUGGCUCAUUCUGUGGGUCUCACAGGUUAUGGCUUCACCUGGAUCGUGCCCUCACUGGUGGCCGGAGAUGCAGACGUCGUUCCCUCUGUCUUCCCUAUAGGGCUUAUCUCAGUAUCAUAUGAUGAAUGGGACUACAACAUUGAGGCCAGGGUACGUGAUGCAGUUGCUGUCAUUGCCACAGCAACCUCCACCAUGAUUCUGGACCGGGGACCACACACCCUGAUGAAGUCGAGUUGCCUUGGGACACCUGACAAAAAGAGCGCCUCCACUGGCCACAACAAGGAAAUACUAAAGUACCUCAUGAAUGUGACUUUUGAAGGCCGAAACCUAUCAUUUAGUGAAGAGGGUCACCAGAUGUUCCCCAAACUGGUCAUCAUCCUUCUAGACAAAGACAGACAAUGGGACAGGGUUGGUAAGUGGGAGAGAGGCUCUCUGACGAUGAGGUACCAUGUGUGGCCUCGCUUUGAGCUGUACCAUGGAGCGGAGGAGCGGGACGACCACCUGUCCAUUGUGACUCUGGAGGAGGCGCCAUUUGUCAUUGUGGAGGAUGUGGACCCGCUCAGUGGCACCUGCAUGAGAAACACUGUGCCGUGUCGCAAACAGCUCAAACUCAGCAACCAGACAGGUGAUUCAGGGAUUUACAUCAAGCGCUGCUGCAAGGGUUUCUGUAUUGACAUCCUGAAGAAAAUCGCCAAGAUGGUCAAAUUUACUUAUGACCUCUACCUGGUCACCAACGGUAAACAUGGCAAGAAGGUCAAUGGGACUUGGAACGGCAUGGUUGGAGAGGUGGUGUUGAAGAAUGCACACAUGGCAGUGGGUUCGCUCACCAUCAACGAGGAGAGGUCGGAGGUCAUUGACUUCUCUGUGCCGUUCAUAGAGACCGGGAUUAGUGUCAUGGUCUCUCGUAGCAAUGGAACCGUCUCCCCAUCUGCCUUUCUCGAGCCCUUCAGUGCCGAUGUCUGGGUGAUGAUGUUUGUGAUGUUGCUGAUCGUGUCGGCCGUGGCUGUGUUUGUGUUUGAGUACUUCAGCCCAGUGGGCUACAAUCGCUGUCUGGCAGACGGACGAGAGCCUGGCGGUCCCUCCUUCACCAUCGGGAAGGCCAUCUGGCUGCUUUGGGGUCUGGUUUUCAACAACUCUGUCCCUGUACAGAAUCCCAAAGGUACCACCAGUAAGAUCAUGGUGUCAGUUUGGGCCUUCUUCGCUGUCAUCUUCCUGGCCUCCUACACUGCCAACCUGGCUGCCUUCAUGAUCCAGGAGGAGUAUGUCGACCAGGUGUCAGGCCUGUCAGACAAAAAGUUCCAGAAGCCAAACGAAUUUUCGCCACCAUUCCGGUUCGGCACGGUGCCCAACGGGAGUACAGAGCGCAACAUCCGCAACAACUACCGGGACAUGCAUACCUACAUGACCAGCUUCCACCAGAAGAAUGUAGAUGAGGCGCUGUAUAGUCUGAAGAACGGCAAGCUGGAUGCCUUUAUCUAUGAUGCUGCAGUGCUGAACUACAUGGCUGGCAGAGACGAGGGCUGUAAGCUGGUCACCAUCGGGAGCGGCAAGGUGUUCGCCUCCACUGGCUACGGCAUCGCCAUACAGAAGGACUCGGGCUGGAAACGCGCUGUGGAUCUGGGCAUCCUUAUGCUGUUUGGUGACGGUGAAAUGGAGGAGUUGGAGGCCCUGUGGCUGACGGGCAUCUGCCACAAUGAGAAGAACGAGGUGAUGAGCAGUCAGCUGGACGUGGACAACAUGGCAGGGGUCUUCUACAUGCUCGGGGCUGCCAUGGUUUUGUCACUCAUCACCUUCAUCUGUGAACAUUUGUUCUACUGGCAGCUGCGCUUCUGCUUCAUGGGCGUGUGCUCCGGAAAGCCCGGGGUCACCUUCUCUAUUAGCAGAGGUAUCUACAGUUGCAUCCAUGGGGUACAAAUUGAGGAAAACAAGUCAACCGCAGAUUCACCUUCAUCCACCAUUAAGAAGAACAUGAACAACACCCACUCCAACAUCCUGCGGUUGCUCCGCACUGCCAAGGACAUGACCGCCGUCCCAGGCAUUAAUGGCUCUCCACAUGCUGCCCUGGAAUACAGCCACAGUAGUCGUGAGUCGGCUAUUUAUGAUAUCCAGGAGCACCGGCGCAGCCUGGUGGGUCACCCCAGAGACUGCAAGUCGGCACCGCCCUACCUGCCAGAGGACAACAUGUUCAGUGACUACAUCAGCGAGGUGGAGAGGACUUUUGGUAACUUGCCCCUGAAGGACAGCAACCUGUACCAGGACCAUUACCUGCACCACCACCCGGCUCUGGGUAUGUCCGGCCCCCCGCCUAAUAGGCCGCGUAGCUUAGGCAGUGCUAGCUCAUUGGAGGGGGGCAUGUUCGACUGUGACAGUUUAGGGGGAGGGGUAGCACCCAUCUUCACCACCCAGCCCCGCCCCUCCAUGACUCACAGGAAUACCAGUAAAUUUGACCUGAUUGCUGGCCACACCCCUACGGAGUCCAACCAGGGUGGGUUCAAGGGAAGCAAUGUGUAUGGCAGGUUUUCUUUCAAAGGAGGCGCAUCCAGCACGGGGCUCAUCGGGGGUCAUGACAGGUACUGUGGUGGGGGUGGGGGAGGCUCCGGGGGUGACGAUGGGAACAUUCGCUCUGAUGUCUCAGAUAUCUCCACGCAUACUGUCACCUACGGAAACCUGGAGGGCAACAACAAGCGGUGUAAGCAGUACAGGGACAGCCUGAAAAAGAGGCCAGCCUCAGCCAAGUGCAGACGGGAGCAGGACGAGAUAGAGCUGAGCGGCUUCAGGAGGAGACCCCACCACCACACCGUCCACCACCACUUCCCUCACGGGCCCCUGGCGCACCGCACGGUCUCACCUCCCCUGGAGCGGAAGAGGGGAGGAGGAGGAGGGGGUAAUUCUUCACCUUACUUAUUCCGCAAAGACAAAGAGAACCUGAGGGAUUUCUAUGCGGACCAGUUCCGUUCCAUGGAGGGCAAGGCCAAAUGGGAAAAAGAGGGUGGAAGUGGAGGAAGCGGUGUGGGCAGUGGUAGUGGUGGUGGUAUCUGUAAAAGCUUAGUACCUGUGGAAGACUUCCUCAAAGGUAAAGUCAUGAAGCCUGAAUGUAAAGGUGUGCUGGGCUCAGGGCAGCAGGCCCACACCUGCUGGGAGAAAGGGGUAUCUGGGCUGGGAGGGGGGGGCAUACCAGGUGGGGACUGGGAGUGUCGUAACUGCCGCAGUGUGUGUCACCACAGUGGAAGUGUAGAAGGAGGUGGCACAUGCCCAGCUAGCGGAGCAGGGGGGACUAGCAGUCGCCCCAGCUCUGCUACCUGCAAACGCUGUGACUCCUGUAAAAUCCAGCCAAGCAACCUGUACAACAUCAGCGAGGAUAAUAACAUGGUGUUGACUGGCGGGAAGAGUAGUGUAGGACCCAGUCAAACACAAACUCAGGCACAGCGCAGGAAGCUGGGGCCAGGUGGGAGGGUGUUAUGUAGGCAACAUUCGUAUGACACAUUUGUGGAUCUGCAGAGGGAGGGAUCAGGCCGCAUGGGAGGGGUUGGCGGUGGCACUGGGGGGCAGUUUGUCCAGCCCCGAAGUGUGAGCUUGAAAGACAAAGACCGCUUCAUGGAGGGCCCCAGCCCUUAUGCUCACAUGUUUGAGAGGUAUUCAGGUGAAAGGGAGUCUCCCAUGUUUGGAGGAAUAGGCGGGGACAGGGCAAAAGCUGGCUCCUCUUUCAGUUUGUUCCGUGGAGGUGAAGGUGGGUUGCAUCGGCGAUCGGUGGGCGAGAGAGACUUGAGGGACAGAGAUAAAGCUAUGAUGGGAGGUGGGGGCUGUGGUGGUGGUGGUGGUGGUGGUGGUGGUAGCAGAGGGGCUGGGACUUACUCCUUGUCUAAAUCUCUCUACCCAGAUAAGGUGAACCAGAACCCCUUCAUCCCAACCUUCGGUGAUGACCAGUGUCUAUUACACGGUGCCAAACCGUACUACAUCAAAAAGCCACAGAUGCCACAACAGCAGCAGCAGCAACUUCUCAACAACAACCGAGGAGGAGGGGACUUCCGCAGCUCCAUGGGAGCGACUUCCUAUUUGCCUGCAUCCGCCACAACUGGGGUGAUGUCCAAUGUGGGCCCCAGGUACCCCAGUGAGCUGUGCCUGGGUGGGGUGGGGGUGCCCAUGGGGAACCACCACGGGGUCAGCAAGCUACUGCCUGGUGGCAGGGACACGUUAGGUUUGGGGCAGGGACAGAGACCCUUCAACGGUGCCAGCAAUGGACACGUUUAUGAAAAGCUCUCCAGCAUUGAGUCAGAUGUUUGAGGUUGAAGAUGGAGGAAGAAAUAAAGAGAAGAUAGAAGUGGGUGAAGAAAAGAGAACGAUGGAGAGGAACGUACAGAAGACAAAAGAGGAACAGCACAGGCCAGUGACCUCUGUGUGUGAAGAGAAUGAGGAGCCACGAAACUGUGGGUACUGUUCUCCCUCCACCAAAUCAAAAGAAUUAUGAUGAUGCACAGAGUCCACUGCAGGAUGAGCUGUGGUGAAGUCUGGCGGUAGACGACUUUUUUAAUGAGAAGAGAGGAUUCUUGUGCUGCUCUGAUGCUCAGAGAAAGAUAGUGGGGGUGGGGGCGUGGGGUGAAAUCAAAUCUCCAGUCUUUGCUCUCUUCACACGGUCAUUGUCUUUUCCUCCCUCCUGCAGUUCCUUUAACACCAAAACAAGCAUUUCGUUUAGCAACAGAAAUACAAUCACGAAUGAGAAGUCAGCACUUCUGUAACAGGGUAAUCUAAUAAUAAUUGUUGAUAAUGUUAAUAUUAUUGAACAUUAUUCUAGUGUUUUAUGCUGAUUGGUUUGGAUUGUUUUUAAAUUUUAUUUCUUGAAAUUGUUCAUGUUACAUAUUUGUAUGAUGUUAAUUCGUAUCUUCCCCAUAUUACAGGAGACUGGUACACCAGUUGUCAAUAUGGAUCUUUUUUUGGGUUCCUGUAAUUUGGACUCUUCUUUGCUAUUAAUUCUCUGUUUGAUUUUUUUAAUUUAACUUUUCUAUUUUUGAGUGCUGUGAAGUGUAUGUGAAAGGCAUGACUUGCGGAGUACAUUUUUUGUACUUAUAAAUUUGCAAAGAAGGUUUUUUUUUUCAGCUGCAGAAGAAAUAUCAUCAUACUGAUUUGCCAUUUCCUCUGGUUUUCUCUGCUCAGCAGUAACAAACAGGUCUCACAUUUUGAGCUGGAUGUGCCUUAAAGGAUUAAUACUGAUUUUCACAAGAGGAGACGAGAUCUCUUCUGUUGGUAGACGGAUCCACCUGUGAACAAUUAGUCAGCUGAUUUGAAUGAAAAUACAUCCGAAGACAUCUGUUGUGAGAAUAGUGUUUUAUGAGCAUAACAGGCUUUUCGGCAUUUAACAGAUGUUAUGAUACAACGUAAAACGUAAAUUGUUGCAGUAGAGAAAGCAUGCUGUAAAUUCUUCUACAACCCCCCCCCCCAAGCAGUUAAAGAUCCCUGUAGCAGUAUUACAAGGGUUAAAACCACAGUGCCAUGAUAAAUAUACAUUCCUAUUCCUCCAAAACUCAAGUAUGACAUAGCCUUGCUUGCUGCUGUAUGUGAAAAAAACAUGCUUUAGAAGUAAAAUAUAAAAAAAUUCACACUUAAUCAAACUACAAGUCAGUUUCGUUUAAAUCAUGUACUGAAAAGCUCAACAAGCUUCAACACUGCUCACCCAGAAUCCAACUACCCGUUAAAUAUGUGUUUUAUUGGGCGUGACUCAACUGGCCGUGACAGUUCUGCCGUUGAGGACAGGAACAUAAUGGACUCUGAGUGAGACUUCUUUGCUGGGAUGAGCAGCCUGGUAUGUUAAUUAUCUCAUCAUUACAGCUACAAGCCCUGCCGGCUGUAUUGGAUGGCCACAUGUGAGUGAUGGGAGAAGUGUUUAACAUUUUUAUUCUGCUGGUUUAGUGGGAAACCGCAGCAGGCUCGUAAUUUCAGCCAGUCUUGUACCCCAUCCUAGAUAAUCAUCCCUUAGUCUUGGAAUUACAAUCAUCAUUUACAUUGCUCACCUUUAUUAGCCAUCAUGUAUAGAAACAAGCGUUUACACCUUUGAAAUGGGGUAGACAGUUAAAAAUGUACACUAACACAAUCUACCCAUUUUAUAGUGCUCCCACUGUUUAUGUAAAGGAAUAGUCCAACAUUUUUGGAGAUAAGCUUAUGAGCUUUCUUGCCAAGAUUAGAUGAGAAGAUCAAUAUCAGUCCUAUGUCUGUUUCUUAAUGAUUAAGCUGCUUCCAGCAGCCAGUUAGCUUAGCUUAGCUUUGCAUAAAGCCUGGAAAUUGGUUUAAAAAAACCCCAGCUAGCCCGGCUUUAUCCAAGUGUAACAAAAUCGAACCAGCAGCACCUCUUAAGUUCACUAAUUAACAUGUUAGGUCUUGUUUGUUCAAGUGUGAAAAUAGCAUGUGGUUUCAUGGAGGUUAUUUACAGGCUUUUUUGUGACUGGAAAUAGUCAGUAAAACCACAAACCACACAUGUUUGCACAUUUCUAGGAGUUUCAGGGGUGCUGGUUAGAAGACUCUGACCAGAGAGGCAUGCUCCCUGUUUCCCCUUGUUUUCAGUCUUUGUACUAAGAUAACCAUCUCCUGACGUAUUUAUGGCACACAUUUAAAAGUGGUAUUAAUCAUCUCCACUUUUUGUCUGGUGGUGCUAACAGAAAAGCCUGGAUAAUAAUCUAUCCCUGUGUGCACUCCACCAUCAUUUCUCCCACUGUGUUGCUCAAACCUUUUUACCAAACAGAACAUACAAAAUAAUUUCACUUUGUGCUGCAACCUUGAUUUCUGCCUCCACCAGACCAUAAUCCAUUUCACAUCCUGAGAUUUUGAUUAAGAAAAAAAAGGUUUUCACGUCCAAGGUCCAGUGUGGAUAGUGUCAGCUGCAGAUAGAAAUGGCAAACAAAAGUAAACGGCACCCUAAAAGUUAUUGAUGUACUCUAGCAGUUAUUUUGAUCAAAUGUGGCUCCCCGGUCUGCAACAUCAGAUCCACAGGCCAUCUCUGCCCACAAAUGUUAUUUUUGCAAUUCACAGCCCUCUCUAUCAUUGAAAUAUCACUAAGACACCUUUUCUCCAUUUUCAGUUACCUAUUGUAAUUUUUACUUGACUUCAGACCUUAUUGCCAAGCCAAAUUUUAAUAUGUAAGCACAACCUGACUGAAUGGAUUUAAUAUUUAGUUUGUUGUACAUUCCAGUCAAAACUCCAGAAGACUUUCCUUCUCUUGGUUGACAAGUCAGUAUGUAUGAUACCAGGGGCUCUCUAGUGUUUGUAAGGACUUUGCAUGUAUACUCUUAAUUUUUUUCUUCAUUUCUGUUUUCUAAUCUUAACUUUUAGCCCAAACAUUGGGUGUUAUUGAACAUUAUUAGGAGUUUUAUCAGUUUCAUUGGUACUGAUGAUCCAUGUGGUACUGUAGGUGUGUGCGUGUGUGUGUGUUUGUUUGUGCAAGAGAAGACACCAAUCUAACAGUCUAAAUUUCGGUUCUAUUCAGAUAAGUAAGGGUAAAUUGAUGAGAAAUUUUCAUUAGGAUAGAAACCGUUUCUUUUUUCUGUUAAUGUUUUACACAGAUAAAUUUUCUUGAUAGUUUGUGUAAAUGUUUUUAACAAGGUUAAAACAUUCAUUGUCACUAACGAAGCCUUUUUUAAUUUAACUAAUUUUCCUGUUUUUUUUUUUGUUUUGUUUUGUUUUUUUUUACUAUAUUUCAGUACAUUUAAUUGUUUUUGUCAUUCUAUGUGCCUGAAUACACACGCUUGAUUACCUCUGUGUGUUCAUAUGGAAGAGAGGCAGCGUGUGUGUGAGAGAG